AGCAGCAUCAGGACGGCGGAGCAUAUGAUGUGAGAAUCUUGUCUGGAUCGUGGCGGUUGAGAAUGGCCGCCAUUAUGAAUCCCCAGUUUAUGAAUUUCUGCUUCCCGGGCUCGGCGAUGGACGGGGGUCUCCUGAGCGAACCGGAGAAAGAGGAGGACUACAAGGAGACCACCAGGGAGCUGCUGAGCUUUAUGGACUCGGCCUCCAGCAACAUCAAGCUGGCCCUGGAUAAACCGGUCAAGUCUAAGAGGAAAGUCAACCACCGCAAGUAUCUGCAGAAGCAGAUCAAGAGGUGCACCGGGAUCGUCAACGUCAGCGACGCGGCGGGGAAGGGGCCGGGUUCCUCCCCCUCGGCGGGUAAGACCGUCCCCAAGCGUGACGGCGUCCAGGCCAGCCUGCAGAACCGCAGCCUGGCCGCUCUAUUCAGCCCCACCAAGGAAGUCCGCGGUGAGAAAGCCAGGAAACCGCCCCUGCGCCACCGCAACCUGCCACCCUCUUUCUUCACCGAGCCGGCCAACUGCUCCAAUGUCAACCAUGCGGCGGGAAUGUCCUUGCGGGACCUGGAGCGAGCCAACCCAGAGGCGGCGGACUUCUUCGACUUGCUGGGACCCGACUACGUCAGCGUGGUGGCCGAGCAGGAACUCUACCAAAAUGCGUCCGGCCCAGACGUCGCCGCCGCCGCCACCUCCUACGAUACUCACCACUUCGUCGGGGGUCUCCUGUACCCGGAGUCGUGGACUAACUCUUCUAAGCUCCCGACUCCUGCCCAGCCGCCGCUCUACUGCCACCCGGAGGCCACGGACCCCGUGGGUGCUGAGGAUAAUACGCUGUGCUCGUUAGCCUUCUCCAACUUUUUCACUGACUGCUCGGUACCUCAGGUCAACUACGACUUAAGUGGAGACUUCAAUAGGACUCAUUACUCAUCUCUAUGAGAAAAGACAGCAUUGUUUUACACGGGGUCCUCGUUUUUUUACGGCGCUCCGGCAACACAAGAUAAUUUUGUCGGAACAUGCUGUAGUCCGUUGCUAACCUUUGCUAACGCAGUAGUAAAGUCAAGUUAUGAUUCCAGUCAUUACCUGUACGAACAACUUUAAGCCAUGAAUACCUUUUAAAAAUCCGAUGAAAAAACAAGUACGGCGGUAGCCGAGCGUGCCUUCUCGUGUUCCGUCCUCGAAAUGUUGUUUGCUGAGGACCCGCCGUUUCUGUGGCGGCGAGUUAAUCCAAAUUUUUGUCCGAACAUGUCGUAGUCUAUCACUAACCUACGCUACAGUCGUAAAGUUAUUACAGUACAUAUUUGUAAAAGAACAACAAGAAACACUUCUAGUCCAUCAAUAUAAAACAAUACAAUGAAAAACGUUAAUCACCAUGUAUUCUUACACCGCUCGUUGCGUGCCAUUCAUAAGCUCGAAAUGUCAUGUGGGCACUGUCGUAAAGCGAGGACCCGCUGUAGUCAUAAUAACACGAAGACAAGCGACACGGUUCCAAAUGAGGAAUAUAGGAUUUCCUGUAUGUUAAACAUUUGAGCUUAAGUUUUUCUGGGGAGGUUUUUGCUUUUGUUGUUUCUCCUGUCAAUUUAGAUCACUGAUAUAAAAGAAGCUGUGGUUUCUCAUGGUGUGGCCUACCAUCAUCCCCUGAUCUCAACCCUAUAGAGAACCUUCAGAGCUUUCUUAACAGGAAGAUCUAUAAAGAUUGCCAGCGGUUUACAGGGGGUCCUUGAUUUACGACGCCUUUCCGUUAAAUAAUGUCUUCAAAAUCAUGUUGAUGCUACAUUCACUUGUAUAGUAGUUGUCAUGGUGGAUCAUGUACUUGGACCAGCCAGGACACCCCUUAUGAUGUUAGCAUUAGCAUUAGCAUGAGCAAACUUUGCUGAUGUAAUCUGACGACAUCGACAUUUAUCACGCAAGAUCAUAACAUCUGCCAAACAAAUGAUUUUCAUUUCAAUUUGCUGCAUUCUGUUAGCGGUUAGCACGUACUUUGAGUUGCUUGACUUUCUUGAGUUUCUAAUCUUUGUCAGCUAACAAAGUCAUCCAUUUUGUUUUUACCCGUGUCUUAAAACCGUUAGAGAUGCCCUGGCGCCGGCAAAACUCCAGCCCCAGAUUAUUCCUGACUGUGUUUUUAAAUGGCUACAUGCUGAACCGUAUUCUGGUUAUAUUUGCUCGUUUACCCUGGACAUUUCUCACAGUGUGAAUUGAAUUGAAGAGUUUCCUAAUUAAGAUAUGUAAAUCGCACACAAUCAGAUCACAAUAUCAUAAACGUGUUUGUCAUUUUCACGACGCUGUGAUGCGGAACAAUUUUUGUUUGAAGGGGUGACG